CGAUGUCCGCUCCGCUUUGUGUUCCAGUACGGCAAACAGCUCCGAGAGAAUUACCGAGCCUUCAAGAACAAGCAGUGCGAGCAGAACGGCGGCAGCAGUCCCAAAGAGCAAUACAGCAGCUACAAUGUGUCCAACGAAUCGAUACGAUCACGCGUGGCGAUGGAUUUUACCGGUAGCGUGGGCAGGAUAGUCGAAGAUCCUAAAGAAGCUAAGGACAUAGCCGAAAACGAAGGCAUGGUCUGGCGACGGAGAUGGCGACCGUUUUCACGAACACCACCAGGAUGCGCCAUGAUGAGGCUGCAUGGCCUUGAUGCCGGUAUACAUGUUCUUCAGCCUUGGUUCCACGGCGGCCUCAAGAGGGAUGUCGCGGCAGCUAUUAUUAGGGAUCACGGUAGUGUUGACGGCGACGAUAACCGUCAUCAUCCGGGCGGGAGAGGGUCCGCCUCAAACCGGUUGAGAGUUACGACCUCGAAGCUGUUGGCACGGGCGACACGCCUGGCUGACGCUUGCAUCUUUGACGAGCGUCGCAAUUGCUGGCUGUACACCCUCGACAAGGGGACGACCAAAUUCUACGAUUUGCUGCAGUUGGUUGAGUUUUAUCAGUUGAAUGCGGGUUCGUUACCUACUCGAUUAACUCACUACGUGCAAAACGGGGUGAAACCACCUCUGCACAAACCGGAGGAUGGCGGUGCGUCGCCGUCGCCGCCGGAGAGCAGCAGCCAGCGGAUCAGCAGCGUCGACAAAGUUGCCGAGCCAAGCGGUAAUCCGAGCAGCAUUUGAGUAUAGGACAGUCGGCGACCCGCUGGUGUUGUCGGCGGCGAUCGCCUGCUUACCGCUUGCGCCAUCACCAAUGGGCCCCUCGACCUCGCCACCAUUACCGACAACGUCGUAAUGGUGCACCGUAGUAGCAACAGCAGCGGCAACAACAAUCGUUUGGGGAACAACAGUAACAGCGGCGGUGGGAACCGUGGCGAUGUCCGUGCAACACGAUCGGGUUGCUGGAGCCUGUGUUUCUGCAGUUACAACAAGUGGGAUUUGUAGCACGAUUAGUAACAGCGGUAGCAAAAACAAGGUGAUAUUCAAGCUGACGCUCGAGAACAAGUACGACGUUACGUUAUGGAGA